AUGUACGACCGUGAUGCCGACGGGUCUUUGCUUUGGGCAAAUACACACUUUUGGGAGAUGAUGGGGGUUGGGCCAGCCAAAAGGGAGGCCUCCCUUUUUGACUGGACCGAUUACAUUAUCGCAGAAGACCAGCCAGUAGCGAACAAGGAACUCACGAGAGCCGUCAUUGAUAUAGUACAGAUAUCCGACAGUCUAAGGUUGAAGCGAAAAUGGCAACCGCCUAAUGCUCCUAGUGAUCGUUACGCUCAUGACGAGCCAUUCCGGAUCCUUUCUUCGGCAUCCCCGCACAUUGAGGCUGACGGCACUGUGGACCACACGAUUCGAUCGAGAUCAACAAAUUACAAGGGCGAUCAACGUCGGGAUGGACACAGUCCUACCAAAGCCGUUCCGGGUACCCGAAUUGAUCGCAAAGAUUCACGAAUUGCUAGCAUCGCGGAAACCGAGAGGACCUGA